GGGCGACUGCGCCGAGCAGCAGCCACGCAUCAGCCGCCUGCGCCUCAUGGAGUCUUCCGCCAGCGCGCGGCCUCCGCCGCUCGCAGCGCCUGCCGCGACGGGGCCGCCGAGCGGCCGCCUCGGUACGCCGACGCCGGCGCAGCUCGCCGGGUGGGCCGCGGCGGCGACGCCCGGCUCCGCGACCGCGCGGCUGCACUCGCCCGGCCAGCACGGCCGCCGCGUCCCAGGGAACCCUUGGGCGCAGGGGUGCGACGGCCCAGGGGCAUGCGGGACAAAGUCGCCCUCGGACGCGGAAUUGUUGAGCAGCUGCGUGAGCGCGAGGGAGCUGGCGGACCUCCGCGUGGAGGUGGCACAGCUACAGGGCGAGUGCCGGGAUCUCGCGCUGGAGGGCGAGGCCCGGCAGCACGCCCUGGGUGCGCGGGCGGCCGAGCUCGAGGAGUGCACGGGGCAGUGUUGGGGCGCGCAGGCGGCCGCGGGCGAGCUGCGCGACCGCCUCGCGAGCGCGGGCGCCGCCGAGGCCGAG